GUGUAAAAAUUUUUAGAGGAGAGAGAGAGAGAGAGAGAGAGAAGAAAAAGGGGGGAAAAAUAAAGGAAAAACAGCUGAGUGGAGUGUGUGUAGUGUGUGCGAGUCAAAUCAGUAGAUUCCGGCAACGUCGGGGGUGACUUUUCGCCGGCUACAGGAUCGAUCUGUAACUGGCCCCACAAUUCCCGCCUUGAACCAGCCCCACGCCAGACCCUACUCCCAGCUUCACAUCUAUCUUCUUCAUUUCUCUGCAAUAUUUUGGCUCUAUUAAAAUUGUAAUUUUUUUUUUUUUGGUUUUCAAAUCUAGAGAGAGAAAAAAUUUAAACAGCAAAAAAUGGGGGUGGCGGGUGCUUUAUUAUAGAUACAGGGCAUUUGUAUCUAUAUCCCUUGUGGGACAGAGGUACGUCAAUUUUUACGUUGAGAUCGGACUCGAGAAAAAAGGGAAGGCUGCGCUUAAACGACAUCGGAUUUUUUUUUCCCUUCUUUUCCUUUUUUAUAUUUUGUUUGAAAACCUGCGCGCCUGAAAUUUUGUUGGAGGGUUUUGGUUGGGCCUUUUGGUUUUCUUGGGCUGAAUGAGAAAUAUUUUUGGGGGGUUUUUAAUUUUUAACGGUUGUAUGUUAAUUUUUUUUGGGGGAAAAAGUUGAGAUUUCUGCAUGCAAUCUGGGGGUGGUGGGGCCCAGCAGGGCAGUGGGCAUGGGCGGAGUGCGGCGGCGUCGCCUGCUUCCUCCUCUUCUGGGGUGUCGACGUCUCAGCUGGGACUUGACCAGCAGCAGCAGCAGCAGCAGCAAAGACAGUCCUUACAACAGCAGUUCCUUAGAAGACCUGAAGGGAAUGACCCCAUUUUAGCCUAUCAGGCUGGAAGUAUCCAUGGAGUGAUGGGAGGAGGCAACUUUGCUGUGCCUUCAGGCUCCAUGCAGUUGCCUCAACAGCCUAGGAAGUUUAUGGAUCUUGGCCAACAGCAAAUCCCUUCCAGUGGCCGAGAGGAGGGUCAAGGUAGGAGUCAGGCCUUUGAGCAACACUUACUGAACCCAGUGCAUCAUGCUUACUAUGCUUUCCAGGCAGCCCAGCAGAAAUCACCUCUAGGAAUGCAGCCUCAACAGCAAAUGAAAAUGGGGAUGUUCAGCCCUCCUAGCAAGGAUCAAGAAAUGCGGAUGGCAAAUAUGAAGAUGCAGGAGCUCAUUUCUGCACAGGCGGCUAAUCAGCCUUCGGCAUCAUCUUCAAAAAAAUCAGUCGAGCAUGUAACUCGUGGUGGUGAGACUCAAGGGGACCAUGCUAAACAGCAUCUACCAGAUCAAAGGGCUGAUUCAGAGUCUCCUAACCAGCCAAAAUUACUUGGCCAAGCAGUGCCGGUGAAGCCCAUGCCUGCACCACAAUCUCAACAAAAUUUUCAGAACAUGGCAAACAAUCCUAAUGUUAUGGCUGCACAAAUGCAGGCCUUGGCCCUUGAGCGUAAUAUUGACCUUUCAAAUCCUGCAAAUGCAAAUCUGAUUGCACAAUUUCUCAUGCAGUCUCGUAUGAUUUCACAGCAAAAAGCAAAUGAAAGCAAUGCUGUCGUACAGGCUUCAUCUCUUCAUGUGCAAAAACAGCCAGUUAAUUCACCAACGGUGGCCAAUGAAAGUUCUCCUCGUGGUAACACAUCAAGUGAUGCAUCUGCGCAGUCUGGCUCGGUCAAAGCUAGAUACCCUUCUUCAUCUGCUUCUCCCAGUUCAGCUCCCAGUGCAGCUGUGGUAGGUAACUCCAGUAAUGUCCCAUUGCAGCAGUUUUCCCUUCAUGGAAGAGACAGCCAGUUACCUCCAAGACAGCCAAAUACAAUUGCCAAUGGAAUGCCUCCGAUGCCUCCCUCAAACUCACCUUUGAACUUAAAGCAGGGAUUGGAUAAUGCAUUACUGGCCAAAGGUGCACAGAUCGGGCCAGAAACUUUGCAGAUGCAAUACGGAAGGCAGCCAAAUCGAUCUUCUUCACAAUCUAUGGCUUCAUCGAAUGAUGGGAUCCUGGGAAAUACCUCUACUUCUCAGGAUGGAACAGGAGCCAAGAUGCAGCAACAGAACCUAGGGUUUACAAAGCAGCAACUGCAUGUUCUCAAAGCACAAAUACUUGCUUUCAGGCGCCUUAAGAAAGGAGAUGGAUCUCUGCCACGAGAAUUACUCCAAGCUAUUGCACCACCACCACUGGAGAUGCAGAUGCAGCAGAUGCUUCUUCCUGCUGGAGCUCUUAAUCCAGAAAGAUCUGCUGUUAAAAAUGUAGAAGAGCAUGAGAGGCAGUUUCAGUUGGGUGACAAGGCUACUCAGCAGGCAACCAAUGGUGAUGGACGACACAGAUUAAAGGAUGAAGCUGCAGGAGAUGAGAGUGCAACUGCACCUGCAGUUAAUGUGCAAAGUCUGGCAGUGCCAGUGAAGGAACCUACACCUAUGGUCUCUGUUCGGAAAGAGGAGCAGCAAACUACUGGAUCUUCUGGUAAAUCUGAGCCAGAAGUUGAACGUGCAAAUCAGAAAUUUCCUAUCAGAAAUGAAUUUGCAGCAGAGAGGGGCAAAGCAGUUACCUCACAGGCAGCUAUUCCUGAUACAGCACCCGCAAAAAAACCUGUACAAGGAAAUGUCACUCAACCUAAAGAUGUUGGUUCAACUAGAAAGUAUCAUGGACCACUGUUUGAUUUUCCUGUCUUUACUCGGAAACAUGAUUCUUUUGGGUCAUCGUUGAUGAUGAACAACAAUAAUAACCUUACUCUUGCUUAUGACAUCAAGGAUCUUCUUGCUGAGGAAGGCAUGGAAAUUUUCAGAAAGAAGAGGGAAGAAAAUAUUAGGAAGAUUGGUGAUAUACUGGCUGUAAAUUUGGAGAGGAAAAGAAUCAGGCCAGAUCUUGUUUUACGUUUGCAAAUAGAAGAGAAAAAACUUCAACUGGCGGAUGUUCAGGCUCGCUUGAGAGAUGAGAUUGAGCAACAGCAGCAAGAUAUAAUGGCAAUGCCUGAGAGGCCGUAUAGGAAGUUUGUUCGGCUUUGUGAGCGCCAACGACAGGAACUUGCUAGGCAAGUUCAGGCCUCACAGAAGGCCUUGAGAGAAAAGCAACUGAAGUCCAUUUUUCAGUGGCGUAAGAAACUCCUUGAGGCGCACUGGGCCAUUCGUGAUGCUCGAACUGCACGUAACAGGGGAGUUGCUAAAUAUCAUGAGAGGAUGUUGAGGGAGUUCUCGAAGAGAAAGGAUGAUGAUCGCAAUAAAAGGAUGGAGGCUUUGAAGAAUAACGAUGUUGAGAGAUACAGGGAGAUGUUGCUUGAGCAACAGACUAGUAUCCCUGGCGAUGCUGCAGAGAGAUAUGCGGUUCUCUCAUCGUUUUUAUCUCAGACAGAAGAGUAUCUUCACAGACUGGGAGGUAAAAUUACUGCUGCAAAAAAUCAACAGGAGGUGGAAGAGGCUGCUAAUGCUGCUGCAGUUGCUGCUCGAGCUCAGGGUCUCUCUGAAGAAGAAGUAAGAUCUGCAGCAGCCUGUGCCAGGGAGGAAGUAAUGAUCAGGAAUCGGUUCUCUGAGAUGAAUGCCCCGAGGGAUAGCUCAUCUGUCAACAAGUACUAUAAUCUUGCACAUGCUGUGAAUGAAAGGGUUAUUAGGCAGCCUUCAAUGUUGCGAGCUGGAACUCUACGAGACUAUCAGCUUGUUGGCUUGCAGUGGAUGCUUUCUUUGUACAACAAUAAACUUAAUGGAAUUUUGGCAGAUGAGAUGGGUCUUGGAAAGACAGUGCAGGUUAUGUCAUUAAUUGCCUAUCUCAUGGAGUUCAAAGGAAAUUAUGGCCCACACCUUAUUGUAGUUCCGAAUGCUGUUCUCGUUAACUGGAAGAGUGAACUUCACAAUUGGCUUCCAAAUGUGAGCUGUAUUUAUUAUGUUGGUGGAAAGGACCAACGAUCAAAAUUGUUUUCUCAAGAGGUUUCUGCAAUGAAAUUUAAUGUGCUUGUGACUACCUAUGAGUUUAUUAUGUAUGAUCGCUCAAAACUUUCUAAAGUGGAUUGGAAGUAUAUCAUAAUUGACGAAGCACAACGAAUGAAGGACAGGGAGUCAGUUCUAGCUCGUGAUCUUGAUAGGUAUCGCUGCCAAAGACGCUUGCUUCUGACAGGGACACCUUUGCAGAAUGAUCUUAAAGAGCUAUGGUCGCUUUUGAAUCUGCUACUUCCAGAAGUGUUUGAUAAUCGUAAAGCAUUUCAUGAUUGGUUCUCUCAACCUUUCCAGAAAGAAGGUCCUGCACAUAAUGCGGACGAUGACUGGCUCGAGACCGAAAAGAAAGUCAUCAUCAUCCAUAGACUUCAUCAAAUUCUGGAGCCUUUCAUGCUUAGACGGCGUGUUGAAGAUGUAGAAGGCUCACUUCCUCCCAAGGUUUCCAUUAUUUUGAGAUGUAGAAUGUCAGCUAUUCAAAGUGCCAUAUAUGACUGGAUCAAAUCCACUGGUACUCUUCGAGUUGAUCCUGAAGAUGAGAAGCGCAGGGCUCAGAAAAAUCCAAUUUACCAGCCCAAAACAUACAAGACUUUAAACAACAGAUGUAUGGAACUCCGCAAAGCUUGCAAUCAUCCAUUGCUUAAUUACCCCUAUUUUAAUGAUUUCUCUAGAGAUUUUCUUGUAAGAUCAUGUGGGAAAUUAUGGAUUCUCGAUAGGAUUUUAAUAAAGCUUCAGAGGAGUGGGCAUCGGGUAUUGCUGUUUAGUACUAUGACGAAACUCUUAGAUAUACUUGAGGAGUAUCUUCAGUGGCGAAGACUUGUCUACAGACGCAUAGAUGGAACAACCAGCUUAGAAGACAGAGAAUCUGCUAUUGUGGACUUUAAUAGCCCCAAUACUGAUUGUUUUAUCUUUUUGCUUAGCAUACGUGCUGCUGGGCGCGGUCUGAACCUUCAGUCUGCUGACACAGUCAUCAUUUAUGAUCCUGAUCCAAACCCAAAGAAUGAGGAACAGGCAGUUGCUAGAGCCCAUCGCAUUGGGCAGACAAGAGAAGUAAAAGUUCUUUACAUGGAAGCAGUGGUUGAUAAGAUAUCAAGCCAUCAGAAAGAGGAUGAACUUCGGAGUGGUGGCACAGUGGAUUCUGAUGAUGAUCUGGUUGGCAAGGACCGGUAUAUGGGGUCAAUUGAAAGCCUCAUACGGAAUAACAUUCAGCAGUACAAGAUCGACAUGGCAGAUGAAGUUAUAAAUGCUGGCCGGUUCGAUCAAAGGACUACACAUGAAGAGAGACGUAUGACAUUGGAGACGUUGUUACAUGAUGAAGAACGAUAUCAGGAGACAGUCCAUGAUGUUCCAUCACUUCAGGAGGUGAACAGGAUGAUUGCUAGGAGUGAAGAGGAGGUGGAGCUUUUUGAUCAGAUGGAUGAAGAUCUGGAAUGGACAGAGGAGAUGACAAGGUACGAUCAGGUUCCAAAGUGGCUUCGUGCAAAUACUAAGGAAGUGAAUGCUACGAUUGCUAAUUUGUCCAAAAAACCAUCAAAAAGCACCUUAUUUGGUGGAAGUAUUGGCGGGGAAGCUAGUGGCAUGGCUUCUGAAGGUGAGAAAAAACGUGGGCGACCUAAGGCAAAGAAGCUUCCUAUAUACACAGAACUGGAUGAUGACAAUGGAGAUUUUUCUGAAGCUAGCUCCGAGGAGAGGAAUGAAGAUUCUGUACGUGAAGAGGAGGGAGAAAUUGGGGAAUUUGAAGAUGAUGAAUUUAGUGGUGCUGUUGGGGCACCUCCAAGUAAUAAAGACCAAUCAGAAGAAGAUAUUAUUCCUUCGACUGGUGGAUAUGCAUACCCUCGAGCUUCAAAUAGCAAUAAGGAUAUGCAGAUGCUCGAAGAAGCGGGCUCAUCAGGUUCAUCCAUGGAUGGUCAAAGAUUGACGCAACUCGUGUCACCUUCUGUGUCUUCUCAGAAGUUUGGUUCACUUUCAGCUUUAGAUGCCAGACCGGGUUCUCACUCAAAGAAGCUUCCUGAUGAUCUAGAAGAAGGAGAAAUUGCUGUGUCUGGAGACUCUCAUAUGGAUGUCCAGCAAUCUGGUAGUUGGAACCAGGAUCGUGAUGAGGGUGAAGAGGAACAGGUAUUGCAACCUAAAAUAAAAAGGAAACGCAGUAUACGCCUUAGGCCGCGCCUUGUUGCAGACAGGGUCGAUGAGAAGCCAUCUCUUCGUCGUGGAGAUUCUAUUCAAAUACAAUAUCAGGUGGAUCAAAAACUUGAGUCUCAAUUCAAGAAUGACCGUGGACGCAAAUUGCUUGGAGACUCUGCCAUGUUGAAGCAGGAGCAAACUGAUUCAUCUAUGAAGAAUAGACGGAACAUGAACCCCCGGAAAUUACCUAAUACACCUAAGAUGCCUGGUCUGCUGAAAUCUGGAAGGUUUGCUCAUUCAGAUGACACUGUUCAUCACUUGAGGGAAAACUUGGAUGGUAAGGGCUUAAAUGCUAGUGGGACAUCAACUGGUGGUUCAAAGAUGACUGAGAUCAUUCAAAAAAAGUGCAAGAAUGUGAUUAGCAGGCUCCGAAAGAGAAUAGACCGGGAAGGUGCACAGAUCAUUCCAUUGCUAACUGAUCUGUGGAAAAGAAUUGAAAGCUCUGGUUGCACGAGUGGAGCUGAGGAUAAUCUCUUUGAUUUACCGGAGAUUGAUAUGCGUCUUGACAACCAAGAGUACAGGGGAGUGAUGGAAUUUGUUUCAGACGUGCAGCUUAUGUUAAGAAGUGCCGUGCAAUAUUAUGGUUAUUCAUAUGAGGUGAGAUCUGAAGCGAGGAAAGUCCAUGAUCUUUUCUUCGACAUCUUGAAGAUAGUGUUUCCAGAGAAUGAUUUCCGAGAAGCCAAAAACUCUCUCUCUUUCACGAGUGCAGCCUCAGGCUCUGCACAUGGUUCAUCUUCAAAACAAGUGCUUACUGGUCAAAACAGGCGGCAAAAAGCAACGAGUAGUGCAGAACCUGAGCCUAGUCGUCCUCAGAAGCCUCAGCCUCGUGGACCAAUACAUGAAGACACAAAAACGAGGGGCCAUGUGUCACAGAAGGAGGCAAGGCUUGGAAGUAGCAGCAGCCGGGAUCUUGGCCAACAAGAUGAUUCACGCCCAUUCGCUCAUCCAGGGGAGCUUGUUAUUUGCAAAAAGAAGAGAAAGGACAGGGAAAAGUUGGGAUUCAAGGCGGGAAACGGUUCAGCUGGUCCUGUGUCACCUACUGGCGUCAGUCGUGGCAUUAGAAGCCCUGCACAAGCUUCGAUAGCCAAAGAUGUGAAGCAGGUUACCCAACAGCAAGGGUGGAAUAGCCAGUCUCCUCAGCAGGUGCACAGCAGUGGUGGGAAUGUUGGCUGGGCCAAUCCUGUCAAAAGGAUGCGAACAGAUGCUGGAAAGAGACGCCCAAGCCUUAAUUGAGUGCGUGUAUAUUUUAACAAAAGAAUUUGUUUUGCUAAUUAGUCGAGGUGCUGGGUACAAUCCGGCCCUUGUGAGUUGUAAUACCUGUUAAUAUAGGAAUUCGUGGGGAUUUUCCCAGUGUAUGAUAUUUGCUCUUCCGCAAGUCUCCUGCGUCUCUGUGUAGUAGUGUAUUUUGAAAGGUAUAUUAACAC